AACUUGAAUGUAAAUUUAGUAACAGCACUUUUAUUCAGGCACAAUGAUGAUGCAGGCCCACAAGGAACCAACUAAAAAACUGGAAGUGGUGUGCGACAGAUGUAAGAAGAAAAAAGAAAUAACAUCAAACUGUGAUGUCUGCAAACAGUCUUAUUGUGAAAGUUGUACUCAAAAACACAAUACAAACGAAGAAACCAAAAAACAUCUUCAGGCCUCCUUUGGUGGAACAAAAAUACAGGAGAGCGAUAUCGAACAAUGUCGAAAUGUUCGAGGAGAAUAUAAGGCAACACAUUACAAACACACACCGACCACCGUUCCUGGUGAUGACAAGGGAGCAGCCUGUACCUUAGGCAUGGUCAUUCUACCAGAUGGUCGUCUGAUUGUCAUUGAUAAUCGUCAUAAAAGUCUGAAACUGUUUAAUUCAGAUCGGUACACAUAUGCUUUUAGACGGAAUUUCACACACGAACCAAGAGGAAUUGCGGCCAUUUCUGGUAAAGAGAUAGCCAUUACAUUUGCAGAUAAACAUGUCGUAAGGAUGUUCCUUGUGCGGGAAGGAAGUUUUGAGGAAACCGGAAAAUUUAAAGUCGAAGAAAAGCCAUUUAAUAUUUCAUACAGUGAAGGGAAUGAAAAAAGUUUGGCAAUUGAAGUCGGAGAAGGAAAAUAUGGGGCAAUAAUAAUCACAAAUUUGUCCGGAGUUGUACUUAAAGAAAUCUCGGGAUACACUAGGAGCUUCGGAUUAUUCACAGGAAAUACCAUAAGAUUGGUACAUGAUCAUGGUAAACAAUUGCUAUUUAUCGCAGAUCUAACAAGGAACUGUGUUAAUUGUGUGGAUUAUGAUGGAGCCAUUGUGUGGAAGGUAGAAGUAGAUUCCCCUAGAGGAAUUUGUCACCAUGGCAACACCUUGUUUAUAGCCAGUAAAUCUAAAAACGCAAUAUAUCAAAUGAAAACCGUACUCGGAGUUGAUGAACUUCCAGUUGUGUAUCUUCUUUUGGACAGCGGAGACGGCAUCAUCGAACCAAGAUUUCUGUUCUACAGUGCACAGGCUAAAAGACUUGCUGUCGAAGUAGCUGGAAACCUUAUUCAAACGUACAACUGUUCCAAUCGUAAAUAAGACGUUUUCAAACAACAAACUAAAGUGUUUUGUACUUUUUAAUGACAGUAGAAUCAGCAUUUCGUUGCAACGAUUCGAUUUUCCGUGCUGCUUAAACUUAACAUGUAGUGUAAAGUUACGUUGUAUGUCAUUUCUGAAUUCAUUGUUUUCAACUUGGGUAGCAGGGUGUCGAUUCAGUUAUCUACAAUUUGAAAUGUGAAUAAGUUAUACUUUUCGACAUCAAAUUAUGCGUGCACAAAAUUUUUAUGGGCGUUUUACAAGAUGUUAAAAACGCAUAAAUUAAGAAAAUGGACUGAAUGAAUAAAACAGACCAGAAAAGAUCUUUAAAGAACUCAAAUUCCUAAACUUGAAACUGUGUUAGCAACAAUAUAUAUAUAUUCAAAAUGAAAUCGACAGAUCGGAAUCUUACAUCAUAAGUUCCAUAUUAAAACUUUAAUCAUAUGAGUUGCAAUCAUUAAUUAUAACUAUUCAUCAUUUGAA